AUGGCCCCUAAGAAGAACAAGAGAACCGCCGACUCCAUCAACUCGCGCCUCGCGCUUGUGAUGAAGUCUGGCAAGGUCACACUGGGAUACAAGUCGGUUCUCAAGACUCUGCGAUCUGGCAAGGCCAAGCUCGUCAUCAUCUCCGGCAACACUCCCCCUCUGAGGAAGUCUGAGCUCGAGUACUACGCCAUGUUGUCCAAGACCUCCGUCCACCACUUCUCCGGUAACAACAUUGAGUUGGGCACUGCUUGCGGUAAGCUCUUCCGUUGCUCCGCCAUGGCCAUUCUCGAUGCUGGUGACUCGGAUAUCCUGACCACCAACACCGAGAACUAA